GCAGUUUUUUCGGGCUUGACACGUGAUCAUUCCUCUACUGGGACCGGGGGCAGGACUUCUGUCCAAGUCGGAGUAGAGGAAACCGAAGUACCGGGGAACAGGGACGCAGCACACACUGACACAGGCCGUACUCUCACUUAUUUUCAUCGUCUGCGACUAAGUCUGCAGUGAAAAUGUUCCAGUGCGUGCAGGGGAUGUUGUAUCUGUCGGUUAUGGUGGCGUUCGCCGCCUGCAACGCUCCUCCGGUACCGUUAGACGACAUCUUCAUUGAGAAAACUUUCGUGCCAGAGCAGUGUGUGCGCACAGUCAAAGUAGGAGAUUAUGUCAGGUAUCACUACAAUGGCAUGUUUCCGGACGGCAAGAAGUUCGACUCCAGUUACGACCGUGGCAGCACCUACAACGUGUUUGUUGGCAAGAAGCAGCUGAUCGCAGGGAUGGACAAAGCUCUGGUGGGGUUGUGUGUCAACGAGAGAGUCCUGGUCAAGAUCCCGCCUCACCUCGCUUAUGGCAAACAGGGAUACGGUGACAUCAUCCCUCCUGACUCCAUCCUCCACUUUGACGUCCUGCUGCUCGACGUGUGGAACCCGGAGGACGGCGUCCAGAUCAAAACCUACCACACGCCCUCCACCUGCGACAGAAAGGUGGAGGUGUCUGACUACGUUCGCUACCACUACAACGGCACGCUGCUGGACGGGACGCUCUUUGACUCCAGCCACACCCGUAUGCGUACCUAUGACACCUACGUUGGGAUUGGGUGGCUGAUCGCCGGUAUGGACCAGGGCCUUCUGGGAAUGUGUGUUGGAGAGAGACGCAUCAUCACCAUGCCACCUUCACUUGGAUACGGAGAGAAUGGAGACGGUAGCGACAUCCCAGGACAGGCGUCUCUGGUGUUCGAUGUUGUACUUCUGGACCUCCACAACCCCAGAGACGGGAUCUCAGUGACCAAUCAGGUGGUGCCUGAGUCCUGCACCAGGAAGUCCGUCGCUGGAGACUUUGUCCGCUACCAUUACAACGGCAGCCUUCUUGAUGGAACAUUUUUUGAUUCCAGCUACUCCCGUAAUCGUACCUAUGACACCUACGUGGGUCGAGGCUACGUCAUUGCUGGCAUGGACGAGGGUCUGAUUGGAGUGUGUGUGGGAGAGAGGCGCACGGUCAUCAUCCCCCCACACCUCGGCUACGGAGAGGAGGGCACAGGCUCUAAGAUCCCUGGUUCAGCUGUGCUGGUGUUUGACGUUCACAUCAUCGACUUCCACAACCCGUCUGACAGCACUGAGGUCACUGUUGUUCGCCUGCCGGAAGAGUGUGAUAAGCAAACCAAGAAGGGAGACUUUGUCAAAUAUCACUAUAACGCCUCCCUGAUGGACGGCACAUCCAUCGACUCCACGUAUAAUUAUGGAAAGACAUACAACAUCGUCCUGGGAGCCAACCAGGUGGUCCCAGGGAUGGAGGACGGACUGAUGGAGAUGUGUGUGGGAGAGAAAAGGCACCUUGUUAUUCCUCCACACCUGGGCUAUGGAGAGAGAGGAGUCCCUGACGAAGUUCCAGGGAGCGCUGUGCUGAUCUUUGACAUCGAGCUGGUAGAGAUGGAGGAAGGACUUCCUGAAGGCUACAUGUUUAUCUGGAACAGCGAUGUGUCCCCCGACCUCUUCACCGACAUGGACGCAGACAAGAACGAGCAGGUGGAGCCCUCCGAGUUUACUGACUACAUCAUGCGGCAGGUGAAUGAAGGGAAAGGCCGCCUGGCUCCUGGCUUCGACCCUUACCGCAUCAUUGACAACAUGUUCUCCAACCAGGACCGCGACGGAGACGGAAAGAUCACAGAGGCGGAGUUCAAACUGAAAGCAGAUGAAGCCACCACUCAUGACGAGCUAUGACGAGACUGUGUGUAAAACUCAGAUCAGGGUGCAGGCUGAAGGGUCAGACAGCGGGGGAAACGGGGGCGGUUGUAAUACAUAUGUGGGUGGUAGAGUAGAAAAAGAUGGGAUUGUGUAAAGUAAGCGAGUAAUUACAGAUUUUUUGAUUUUUUUUUUUUUUUUUAGUUUUGGAGUUUUAGAUGAUGUUCAAAUGGUGUCUUAUCCUUUUAAGCGCCAAGUAAGUCUGAAAAGAAAGAGGAUUUAGGAAGGAGAUUAUUUUUUUGAGUGAAAUAUUGGAUAUAAAACACCUCAUUUGAGGUCUAUAAUGACA